AUGUGUAAAAGUCGGGUCCAGGGAGUUUCAGAGAGCAGAGAGUGAGUCAGCUGGUAUUUAAAGGCCACACCCCGUCCUGUUCUGGAUCAUAACGGAGACUCUGCUGCUGCUGAUCUGCUGCCUCUCUGCUGCUCUGACGGUGAAUCCAUCAUGGCGCUGGUGUCUGAGUUUCUGGGUCAGCUGACGCUGUCGUACGGAGGGCAGGAGGAAGAGCCCAAGUUUCCCACGGUCGUGUCGGCUCGAGAUUUUGACCCGUCCAAGGACGCUGCCAGAAUUGAGACGGCCAUCAAAACUAAAGGUGUGGACGAACAGACCAUCAUCGACAUCUUGACCAGACGCAGCUACAAGCAGCGCAGAGAAAUCGCCUUCGAAUACGAACGAAUCAGCAAGAAGGAUCUGAUCAGUGCCCUGAAGGCGGCGCUGUCCGGCUCUCUGGAGGCCCUGAUGUUGGGUCUGAUGAAGAGCACAGCCCAGUACGACGCCUCGGAGCUCAGAGCCUCCAUGAAGGGCCUGGGGACGGACGAGGAGACGCUCAUCGAGAUCGUCUGCUCCAGAAGCAACGAAGAACUGACGGAGAUCAAGAAGGUCUACAAAGACAUGUUUAAGAAGGACCUGGACAAAGAAGUAGCAGGAGACACGUCAGGAGACUUCGCCAAACUGCUGCUGGCCCUGGUCCAGACAAAGAGAGACGAGCCCUCCAACGUCAUCGACUAUGAGAAGAUAGAUGAGGAUGCCAGAUGUCUGUAUGAAGCUGGAGUCCAGAGGAAAGGAACUGACGUGGCCACAUGGAUCACCAUCUUUUCCCAGAGGAGCGUCCCCCACCUCCAGAGGGUGUUUGAGAGGUAUAAGAGCUACAGCCCCUUCGACAUGAAGGAGAGCAUCAGGAAGGAGGUGAAGGGAGAUCUGGAGAAGUCCUUCCUCACUCUGGUCGAGUGCUUUGAGAACAGACAGCUCUACUUCGCAAACAGACUCAACGACGCCAUGAAGACUAAAGGGGCCAAGGAGAAGGUGUUGACCAGAGUCAUAGUUUCUCGCUGUGAAAUCGACCUGAUGAAGAUCCGGACGGAGUUUAAGAGGCAGCACAGGAAGUCGCUGUAUCAGACCAUCGCUGAGCACACUAAAGGAGACUACCAGAAGGCUCUGCUCAGUCUCUGUGGAGGAGACGACUGAAUCCAGCUCAACUCCAUUUCCCAGAAGGCCGCGGGGUUCCACCUGCCACCUGUUGCCAUGACAACGCGCCUCCUCUACGUGCUAUAAUAAAGAUAAUAAAAAGGAAA